AGGUUGUGGGGUAAUGAUAAUGUAGCUUGGUGUAGUAAUCCGGCAUUGGGGAGGAGCGGUGGUUUACUAAUUUUAUGGGACAGUGAUAGAGGGAAGUUGCUAUAUUCUUUUCAGGGACAAGGGUUUCUAGGGGUAUGCUUACAGUGGGGAGAGAAGAAUCUAAGGUGUAUUGUUCUAAAUGUGUAUGCACCUUGUAACUUGGAGGCAAAGAAACAACUUUGGGUGGAACUACUUGUGGCUAAGAGAAUUUACUUGGCUGACUUGUGGUGUAUUUUGGGCGACUUUAAUUCGGUAAGGGAGGCAUCAGAGAGGAAGGGGGUGGCUCUAACUCAAAACCGAGAGCUGACCAAGAUAAUGAAAGAAGAUCAAAGACUUUUUAAUCUGUUGAUUGAAAAUCUAGAGUUGGAGGAUCUGCAGCUUUUUGGGAGGAAAUUUACAUGGAUUCAACCAAAUGGUGCGUGUGCUAGUAGAUUGGAUAGAAUAAUGGUGUCAAGUAAUUGGAAGGACACUUGGGGAGAGACCAUUUCGGUUCAAUAA